AUGGAGCAACCGAAAUUCGGUCCGUCCGAUCCCCACGGCCGCAGGUCAGUCUGUACCAGCCAGUUGACCCGGCCCCCUGUCUUGUCUCCUCCCCCACCGGUCAGAGUUCGAGCCCGCCUGGGGCACCGUCGAGGUGAGCAGAGCCUGUCCGUGCACCGACGCCGCCGGCAGGUCACAGCCAGCCGUCGUCCCCGUAGACGCCGGACUCGAGGCCGGAUCUGGCGCGGCCCCGCACUCCUCGACCAGCAAGCCGCUACAGACGGCCAGACGGCUUUCCCGCCUCCCCUUGGAACUCAUCUUCGGCGACCGGUGAGCUCGACCGCAUGCAUCUUCAUGCGUCUCCCUUCGUCUCAGCAGGUCGGCAGACGACAGCCGACAGUCCGAGGCCGUUUCUCGUCACUCGGAAGCACUAACAAGGCAUAG